AUUUACAACCAAAUGUAGAACAAAGGAAACCUGGGAUGACUAAACACCCGGAGGAGGAAAGAAGGAAACAGAUAUUUUUAUUUGUGAGUUGUGUAUUUGAGAGUGCAGACUACUACCAAUUUCUAUUUCAGACGGGUUUCGACAAGCUUGAGACAGGUCAUGACAAGCUUGAUAUAACUGGAACAUUGUCUGAUCUCUUGGGAAGAACAGGAAUUGUAUCCAAUAUCAUCGAAAAAGCUACUUACUGAAAGGGGCCCCUGAACCAGUGAUGAUGGAGGCCAUGAUCCUGUUGCUUCUGGUGACUUCAGCAGCCACUGUUGCGGUUGGGGGAAGGAUAUUGUGUCCAGAAAUCGGUCUGCUUGGAGCUCCCACAAACCUGACCUGCAUAGAAGCAAGUAGACACCUCUCCUUCAUAACACCCAAUGGACACUCAACAGCAGCAUGUGAUACAUCAACUGGACAUUGCAUACCCAAUGGCAACUUCUCAGCGUCUGUCAUUAAUACCACCUCCAGUGUUCUCACCAUAACUGCCUUGAUGAAAUCACACGCUGGCACCUGGAAAUGUAGCAAUGAUGGCGAUUUGCCCGAUCCUCCUAGCUGCAAUAUGACUGUGGCAAAAUGCCCAACAUGCACCAUAACAAGCUGGCAGAAUGAUGACAGUAACUUCACUGUGGACGAAGAAGUGGCGUUGAAGGUGAACGUAACUGGAGACUACUGUUCUGAGUCGGCCCUGUUUCAGUUGCAAACAGGAAACAUUAAAACGGCUUUGAACUACUCACAAUGGAAGGAGAACACAGAUGUCAUAUUCACUCUGACUGAGUCCCACCUCGGGGAAGUGAAACUGGUCUUCAUCUGUGGAGGAUACAGCAAAGCGUUAUCAUGUGAAGGGAUUCAAGAACUGAAAGAGAGAAUUGUUCCCUCUUCUACGGAUAGGGCAGGGACCUCGACACUUGCACCAGUGACGGAAACGUUAGUUUUUAUAGCUCCUGUUUGCAUUGUCAGCGUUCUCCUUGUCUUGGUCAUUGUAAUCUUCUUGUACAAGCGACGUCACAGACAUCGUACGUCAAAGAUGGUAAAUGCACUCCAUAGUCUCGUGUCUCGUGACGCAGAAUUUUCAACCAUCUGCGUCGUGGAGGGAGCAGUUUCUUGGGCAAAUAUCACGAACAGAUCACUUCCACCUACACCGGGUGUUCAAGAUACCGUUACAGAUCCUGGUUACGCCGCCGUGGCAGAAGGCGCUGUCAGCAUGGCAGAGACACCUACAACAGAUACAGCGUGUGCUGAAGGAUCAAACCCGAUUGCUAAUCCUGAUGACAUGCUGAUGCACGUUAAGUCAGCCCUAUCAGCUCCCGAUGGAGAUUCUGGGGACUCCAUAGGGAUGUGUGACAUCGACAGAAGGUCAACGUCGCCUCCUCUAUUUGAACCUGGCAUUGAAGGGAAAAACACAUUUGACAAUCCUGAUAGCAAAAUGUUGCACUCUGAGUCUCUGAGUCAAUCCAUUCUGUUUGAGGAUCCAGGGUACUCUUCUGUCAUUGUAACAAGGUCAAGGUCAAUCUCAGCAAGGGGUUCUUGCACAAAAGGAACCAGCCCAGAUGUAAUACCUGAGGAUACUCUCGUGAAUGACUGCAAUGGUGCUGCACCAGAUGUGUCUGAGCUGUAUGCCAAGGUUGUUAAAACAAAAGACAUAACAGAGCCAGAGGUGUCUGGCGUUUCAGUGGUUGUGCUAAAAUAGUAUGUGACACAUAAUUCCAGGCCUUAAUCGUUCAUGUUUAUUUGUGGAAUUCAUGCUAGCAUUAUUACAUGAUCUAACAAAACUUCAAACUUAUGUAAAUAUGUAAAAGAAGCACUUUAAGCGUUACACGUGAUCAUGAGCAAUAUGUGUCUCACAAGCUAAAGAUGUUGUUUGCUUCAUGCUUCCCACCACUCUCUCUGAUGUUUACUCAAAGAGCCCACCUCACGUGUGGUCUGCCAGGUACAUGCCCAGCUUUGGCACAUGCAGACCCUAAGAUUGUUCUAGAUACUCAUCUCGUCAGUGCCGUCUGUAAAGGGUGCAUGUACCUGUGGCCCAGUUACACACCAUGUUGGACCUGUAUUGCAGUGUCACUUGUCUUCAAAGACGCUGUAAUUCUCUGUACAAAGUUGACCACAUGAGCACAAUAGAAAACUGUGUUUGAAUCCUGAUUCGCCCCGAGCACACUCCCAGGUUGACAGUAUCACAGAGUGGUCAACGACUGAAACCUGCAUUUCUUCGGGCUUCCCUCCAACAUUCAGCUGUCAUGUUCUGCUAUAACUGUUUUAAUGUCGCGUUAAACCCAACUUACACAUUCAAUUUCCUGUAUUUGUGAAAAAGAACUUUUUCGAAUAACAAUGCUUCCUCUUAAUAAAACAUAUUAACAUACAA